CACACAGAUCAGGUUUUCCAGUCAUCAAGUGCCUGUCCUCGCUGCAGCUGCAUUACAUUACAUUUCUUCGUCUCCCUUUUAAGCAUAUUAUUCUAAGGUGCGAAAGAGAACAAGUGGAUGCCUGACUGCCUGACUGGACAGGUUAAAUGCGAGAACGCAACCCCCGGAAAUGCCAAUAGAAAAAACUCGACCAUAAGCAGAAGCAGAUAAAGCGCCUGCAUAAAGAAAACAACGAUCAACAAAAAACUAAGAAACAAAACAACAUAAAAGAACCAGUGCUGCGUGUAUUUGUGUGUGUAAGAGAGUUGAACUAAAUCAAUGCAGCUUUCUGCACUGGAACUGCAGAUAAUACACACACACAAAUCCAAAUACACCAAAACACACACAUGCACAUAAUAUUUGGCACAAAUUGAAUGAAUGGAAUAAUUAUGUUGUGAUGGGCUCGUGUUCGUGUACACGGCGACACUUUCUGCUGUCAACAUGCUUCCUGCAAAUGAUAACGAUUAUCGAACGCCAGGUAUUCGACUUUCUCGGAUAUAUGUGGGCGCCCAUAUUGGUCAACUUUUUUCAAAUAUUAUUCAUCAUAUUUGGCUUCUAUGGUGCAUAUCAUUUUAGAAUCAAAUACAUUAUAACCUAUUUAUUAUGGAACUUUGUGUGGAUCGGCUGGAAUGCGUUUUUAAUAUGCUUCUAUUUGAAUGUCGGCAGCCUGGAUAAGGAUGGCGAUUUGCUUAAUAUGGGCACUGGCAGCGUCUCCUGGUUCGAGGCGAAUGGCUAUGGCUGUAAGCCCACCUAUAACAUCACCUCGGAUGAUCCGUUUCGACCUUUGAGGCCGGAGCGCGUGGAGGAUUGUCUGUUGGACUAUACGCUCGUUGAGGUCAUACAUUCUGGUGUACAAUGCGCGCUGGCGCUGCUGGGCAUACUUGGUGCGAUUCUAAUCAGCUGCAUAUUUCUCGAUGAGGAUGACAGAUUCGAUUUCAUGAACGGCGAUGCGAAGAGUCCACAGCACACCGUCGUCCAUCCAAUGUACGUGAGCUAUACAAGUAUACCAACAACGUCUGCAAGCGCAACAAUGCAAUCAAAUAAGCAUAUGCAGCAGCAGCAGCAGCAACAACAGCAGCAGCAACAGCAGCAGCAGCAGCAAUACUCACUGCAAUUCUAUCAUCAACACAGACACAAAUCGAGCAACAACAACAAUAGCAACAACAGCAGCUACAAUAAUACACUCAGCAAUGUUCAUCAACAGCCACAAGCACAGCAAGCAAAUAACCUUAAUGCAUACCAACCACAUUUAACCCACACAAGUGGCAACAACAACAACAGCAGCAGCAGCAACAACAACAACAACAACAACAGCAACAGCAGCAAGAACACUCGCAGCAAGUCGCAGCAACCACAACUGAACCACAUUGAGAGCCAAAACAAAGAGCAACAGCAGCGCAAGCGUCUCUAUCAAAGCAAAUCACCUGCUUUAAACUCUGUCAGCCCCAUGUCCCUGUCCAUGUCCAUGUCCAUGUCACCGCAGACAACCUCCUCGCUCUCAUAUGCCUCGCUGCAGAACUCGAAUCCACAGCUGAGCAACAGCAAUUAUAGCAUUUGCAAUGAUACGUCCAGUGGACAUUUCGCACGCAUUCAUCAUAAGCCCAAGGCUCCCAAAUCUUUGCCAGACAUCAAAUAUGCCCACGUGGCUUUGGCCAGACUCUCACGCAAUUUGGAAGAGGAUGAGGAUAGUUUCUCGUUGCACAAUUUAUCGCCCAAUGGCGACAAUGGCGUGACCUAUGUGCCCUUUCAGAGUCCCACACCCAAUAGCUUGUUUGUCGAGAAUAAUAAUGUGGGCACGCCGCACAUAGCCUUCAGCUCUCAUCCACAACAGGCCAACAACAACAACAACAACCAUUAUCCAUAUGAGCAGCAUGGUUUGCCUUUGCCUUUGUCAACCAUUUCCAGCUAUAAGCAACUGCCACGUCCCACACAAAUACCGCUGCCCACUGUGCCCAUACAUAGCUGCCAUGUCGAGCCAGAACCGGAGUCGGAACUAACCCUGUCGCCUCCGCCUCCUCCUGUGCCACGUCCGCAUAUCUUUCAGCCACGUCUGGGUCAAGCGCCCUACCCUGAUCUCUCGCCCGAGAUAGCCGAAAAAUAUGCCAUGCCCACACAGCAUGUGCCCAGUGGCUCGCCCAUGGUGCGUCGCAGUCAGCGUCGACCACGUCCACAUCCAGCUCCGGCCAAUUUCUGUGAUCAGAUACGCGACACACCACCCGGCUAUAUGUUGCGCGCCCGUAGCCAAGAUCAGCUGGAGGAGCAGCAGGCACCAUCGCAGUCCCAAUCGCAAUCGCAAUCGCCAUCGCAGUCAGCGCCGCAUGUCAAUCGACGCAGCGGACGCAAAGCUCGUCCGCGCUCCUUUUGCAAUUCCAUUGUGGGCGCCCAAGCCUAAAAGCAUUUCACACACAGAUCCUCAUUGUGCUGCAUUCCUUUUGACCAAAUCUUAUAGACUUUUAGAGAUUAUUCAGGCGUUACUCGCUCUUAUUUCAACCGAAGCUGCAGUUGUCUCUCUCUCUUUCACGCUCUCUUUGACUCAAGUAUGUUCAGCUCCUUUACAACUCUUAGUGUCUAUAUAACCAUCUCUCUCUCUCUCUCUCUCUGAUAAACAUAUAUAAACCUCUACUGCGGGUGCUGGGCCAGAUUUGCCGCUUGUGUGUCAUGUGUUUGUCCAUACUAACUAACUGUAUAUUACGAUUUAGUAUGUGUUGUCAUCUUUUUUGUUGUGGCUAACAGAGUUUAAUUUUAAUACAUACUACGAGCACGACCUAGGCACACUAUAGAUAGGGACAGAUUACGCGUGCUCGCUUUAAGUGCAAUGCAAGAGAAUGGUUUCGACUUCCAAAAACUGUUUCCAGUUACAGUUACUGAAAAACAAAAACAAAUAUUGAUCUGUGCUCAGUUUAGAACUGUUCCCAGCUGCAAUGUUAAGUAACAAGCGUUGAGAACAGUUACAUGCUUAGCUGUAGACACUUAAACCAACUGUUCACAGUUGUUUACUGCUGUUCCCAGUUUCAGCAGGGAACACACCAAUACUUAGCUCUACUCACUUUAACGAAUUGUUCUCAAUUGUUCACUGUGUUACGGUAUAGCCACAUUUUAAUGAACUGUACCCAAUUGUUGUCUGUUUAUAUGCUGUUGUUCGCAGUUCGAGUUUCAGUUUGAGUGUAGCGUAGAUUGUAGAUUCACUGAAACAAACUAUACCCAAUUUGUUCUAAGUAAUCUAUAGGAACAGACUAAUACUAAACUGUACUCACUUUAAGUGUCAUAUAAGUCACAGGAAUUGCAUUAAUCGAAGCUGUUCCCAGGAAUUGCUCCCGCAUGAUAUCGGAACACUCUCAAUUAUAUCGAAUUCCAACUGCUCCAAUUGCAGCUCACGCAAAUGGAAAACAGAAAAGUUAAUUUCUUACACUUAAAGAAAUUUAAUCUAGAAAAAUGCACAAAAUAACGAACAUUUUCAUUAUAAUUAAAUGAAAAAGAAAGUUAAAUAAUUUUUUGCGUCUAGAUUUGCCUUGCAUAGCACUUGAAGUGGAUAAAAAAUAACUAGAUUUAAGCUAAAUAUCGGAUGCCUUGAUAGCCAUUCACUGAAUUAUGUGACAAACACAAAACAAAAUACAUACAUACAUACAUACGCGCUCUCAUAUGAGACUUUCCAUAAUGGCUGCAAACAACAUUAUGAAAUGUGAUAGAAAAAUGUUACAAAAAAGAAACAAACACAACAAUUGAAACGAAACGAAACGACAUGAAACGAGAUAAAGAAAGAAACUAUAAACUGGGAAGGGAAUAUAAUGGGAAGAUAAACGUAACGCUAAGCGGAAAGUCCAAAUGCCUUCAUAAUUUUAUGUUCAACUGUGAUACUACAUAACGAUAACAAAUUAUUAAAAACACACACAAAAAAAUGUCACAAAAAUUGUUA